AUGCUCGAAUUCACGCGACGAUUGCUCCGAAACUUGCUCCUCGGUACCCUCUUCCUCAUCGUCUUAGUACAUGGCCCUUUCUUCCGGAUCUUCAUCAAUCUGCUGAUCACAAUGCACGUCAUCCUGCGCAUAGCGGCGGAUCAUCUUCAGCGAUACCUGGGCCCAAUAUUCAUCGACGAGAUUCGAGGCCAUUUCGCGCCCUUCUCCGCCCAAAUCAUGGCGGCAAUACGGCCAGCUUUGCACGAUGCAUUGGCUUGGAUGACUCAUCAAGCGACGACAUUUAUUCACAAAAAUCCGUGGUAUCUGUGCCAGACGAACGAGGGGAUCGUGGCGGUCGGUGAAGGCUUGGUACGCAGUGUUCUCGGAGAUGAAGGAGAAGAUUUGGCAAUGGUAUGGCAACAGGCGGGGAAGGGUGUGGCGACGUUCUGCAAGAUUGUUCGAGGGGGUAUGCCUGCUUAA